AUUUGAGUUUUUUAUGCACUAUACAUCAUCUAAUCAUGACAAUCCUCAUAUCUAUCAAUUCCUCAUGCAAAGAUGAAGAGAAAAUGGGGUAGAUUGUGUCUGUAGGAUGUAUUGUUCAGAUUCUAUGUAGAUGUAAAGUUUUAAUUUUCCGCAGCCAAAAAUCAAGCACAGCACAGACACAAAAGAUGAUACAAAAAAUCACAUAUGGGACAAUAAUUUGCAUAGGGAACAUCAAAAUUCCUAUUCUAGACACCCUAUGGAUUACAAAAAAAUAGAAUCUCCAGAAUCCUCCCCGGCGAGAAUCCAGAAACAUUAGAGCUCUACCCUUAGGCUGAAUAACGCAUAACAUAAAACCGAAUAACCAUAAACCUCUGCCAAAAGUGUGUCUGCAUGUGUUCAGCGAUUAGAAUAUAUUACGUUUACAAAAAAAUUUCAUAAAGUAGGCUUCCGCUAAAACCCAGAAUCUGCCCUACUGUCAUGAAUCCACUGUCUCAUUCUGGUGUUUUGUGUGUGUUAUGGGUGUAUGUGUGGGCGUGGUUACUGUCAUAUCCUUACGUUAAUAAUCCACUAGGUGGCACUCAAGCGCCUUAGCUGAGAGAUAUGUGCUGUAGUAAAAGAGUGAAGGAGAGUGAAUGCUGUGCUUGUGCUUACAUGUGCUUGCAUGUUAUUCUGCUUGUACAUCAGUUAUUAAAAAGUUUAUUGAGAGAAUUCUACUAGCUUGUGCUUCUUGUCAUGAAGACAUAACAUAAUUGGCGACGAGGAUGGGAUUUAUUCUCACAAGAUUUCCUGAGGAUGGCAUCAGUUAGUGCUCCGUUUCCCAGUCCAUUUUUGCCUUGUCCCGGUGAGCCAGCUAUACCACUUGUAACAUGGCUGAGGAUGUUUGAGAAUUACAUGCUAGUCAUCAAUGCUACUGGAGAUUCCUGGCCAGAAGCCAGAAAACGGGCUUUACUUCUUCAUUGCCUCGGAACUGAAGGUCAGAGACUAUUUUAUACAUUGCCUGAUACCGGUGACAAUCUUGCAUCUGCUGUUAAAGCUUUGAAGGAGCAUUUCAUUCCAAAACGAAAUGUGGUCGUGGAAAGACAUGCCUUCAGGAAACGAGUGCAGAGGACAGAUGAAACGGUACUGCAAUAUAUUGCUGCAUUGAGAGAUUUGGCAACUACAUGUGAAUUUGAUGACAGUCUUGAUGAUAUGCUGCGUGACCAGCUUGUAGAGAAUAUUGCUAACCCUCGCAUUCGGGAAAGAUUAUUAGUGGAAUCUAAAUUGACACUAGAGACUGCAAUUACAAUUUCCAUGCAGCUAGAGGCCGCUGAUGCACAGGCAAAAUCGAUGACUACAAGUACUUCUGCUCCAGUACAAGCCAUACAUGCCACCUCUGUGUCUGGACGACAGCAUUCAAAGGCCAAAUUCAAAACACGUACCUCAUCAAAACCUCAUACUGCUUCUUCAGCUCGGACAUGCUUUCGCUGUGGGUCCACUGGACAUCUUGCAAACUCACAGAACUGCCCUGCUGCAUCUGCUAAAUGUAAAAAUUGUAAUAAGACUGGACAUUUUGCACGUGUCUGCCGUUCUGCUCCUACUCGUUCAGUGCAUUCAGUUGAAUUACCAGAGGUUUGUGUUCUCCAUCUACCUGGAACAUCUGAUCGCUUGAUGUGUGAUGUAACUAUAAAUGCUAUGUGUGCUGUUACACCUGUGUCUCUUCAACUCACAGUCGACUCUGGUUCAUCAGUGUCCAUUCUGCCGAAACAAUUGUAUGAACAGCACUUUCGCACUGUGCACAAGCAAUUUUCGCACAAGCACCAUCUGCCCGUUUAGUCACUUACUUGCAAGAACCAAUUUCAGUGCUUGGAUGUUUACCUGGAACAGUGUCUAAAUAUGGCAUUACCUGCCCUGCACAUUUCUUCAUUGUUGACAAUGGCACAGCCUUGUUAGGCAUGGACCUGAUUAAGGGACUCCAGCUUCGAUUUGACGGAAACACUGUGCUGCCGCCACCACAAUCCGCUUCAGUUUGUGCCCUCUCCACUCCUCCGUCACAGCGUACUGCAUUGGGCUGUGUAAAAAACUUUACACACAAGGUAAACAUUUCUGACUCUGUUCCUCCUGUCAGACACAAAUUGCGUCGCUUACCUUUUUCUGUCAGAGAUGCUGUUUCCGCCGAACUGGAAUGACUCUUGCAUGCUGGUGUAAUUGAAAGAAUUGACUCCUCUCCAUGGGUUUCACCAAUUGUUGUGGUCCAAAAGAAAACAGGGGGCAUCCGCAUGUGUGUGGAUCUGCGAGGGCCCA